AGGUGCUACCAUCCGGAUGGUAGUACGGAAAAUGGGGGCUAACGCCAAAGAAAUAAUGUUUUUUAAAUAUUUUUUGUUUAAUAAACUCGCUCCUCUACUAUGUCAAAUAUUUAACAUGUCUCUGAGCGAGGCACGCUUUCCCUCCGCCUGGAAGUCGUCGCUCGUACAAGCACUGAACAAAGUUAACUCUCCAACAACUUUGACUGAUUACUUCUAUUUGAUUUUAGCAAGGCGUUUGAUACUGUGUGUCAUGUCAGGCUACUCGGAAAACUAUCCUCUUUCAGCUUUUCUAAGCAGGUUAUCCGCUGGCUUGCAUAUUACUUCUUGAAUAGAGAACAGGCCGUCAUUGGUGACAACAACGAACUCUCCACCUCUCUACCAUUAAACACCGGUGUCCCGCAGGGGUUAGUUAGGUUAGGCCCUCUGUUGUUCGCGUUGUACAUCAAUGAUAUUGGCUUCUGUCUAGAUUCAGAUGUGUCCUAUCUAAUCUAUGCGAAUGACCUGCAGAUAUACAGCUAAUGCCACCUUGAGGAGCUGAAUUCCUGUUCUGUCAGGGUGAGUGCUAACGCCGAAAGAAUAAUGGGCUGGGCUGCACUAAAUAGACUUAAACUAAAUGUCCUUAAGACUAAGGCAAUCGUCCUUAGUUCCCCCUUAUAUAAAUGCACUACCUUCUAUUGUUAACACCUUUAUAUAUAUAGAGGGAGCCCAGGUAGACUAUGAAUAAUCUGUGCGCAAUCUGGGGUUAGUGCUAGACUCUAAACUUACAUGGAAAGAGCACGUUACACAAAUAUGUAAACGUGCUCACUCUCUGAUGUACUGGCUCUAUUUCUUUCGGAAAAGCACUAACCUCAGGCUGCGCCAACACCUAGUGCAAGCACUCCUAUUUUCCAUCAUAGACUAUUGCGCACUGGCUUACUGCCACCUGACACAAGAACUGGACACGAAACUGCAGAAACUUGUCAACACGGGGAUCCGUUAUAUCUACGGUGUAAGGAGGGACGAGCACAUCUCCCCUUACAGGCUGCCUACCUACAUAUUAGCCUUUUUCGAUUUCCAAGCCGCGCUCAGGCCUGUGUGGGGUGAGGUGACCCCCCUGGAUAUCCCGUCCUUCAAGACAAAGACGCUGAAGAAUUAAUUUUUCAUCAAUGCUUCCUACCUCUGGAACAGUCUUCCAUCUAACCUUCGCAAUACACUAUCCAUAUCACUUUAAACAAGCAGCUAAAACAUACUUCUUUGAAUUGGAAAACACGUAAUCAUGACGCAAACAUACACACUCCUUCAUCUCAUUUCACUUCAUUACAUUCCAUACUUUUCACAUCUAGCACACUUACACAAUAAUUUAUUCUACUUUGUUUUCUCUAUAAAUCAAUAUGUACGACAUAAUGUACAACAAUAAAGCAUAUAUAAAUCUAAAAUCUUUCUUCCUUAUUACAUUAUGUGCUCCAACACACACGGUUGCACGAAAUAUGCAGCCUAUAGCGAGCUUGUUUCAAUAAUGCAUAAUCGGCUG